GUAAGGAAACCACUGCAAGCUUUAAAGGCAAGCAGUCAUAUCUUGUAGCAUCAGUGUGGUUAUAGCAAGAGAGGAGUUAAGGAGAAUCUUCGCAACUUUUCUUGUCUUUUGAUAUGAUGGGUAACAAAAAAGGACUACAAGUAGUCUUCAAACUCAUCACCAUUAUUAUCCUAACAUCUUGUCAGCAGGGCUGCUGCAGUGAUGACAAUGAUACAGAAAACACACCUUCUGAAUACGAUUAUGACCCAAACACCACUACGGAUUAUGGCUCCUACAUUACCAUGUGUGAGAAAUCAAAUGUCCGGACCUUUAGAUCAAUAUUCCUUCCUAUUGUUUAUUCCAUCAUUUGCUUCCUAGGCCUUCUUGGAAACAUGCUUGUAAUGAUAACAUUUCUUUACUUUAAAAGGCUGAAGACAAUGACUGAUGUGUAUCUACUGAAUCUGGCUGCAGCUGAUAUUUUAUUUGUCCUAACACUUCCAUUUUUGGCUACAAGUGUUGCAAAAGAAUGGAUUUUUGGAAACGUGUUUUGUAAAGUUGUACAAUGCAUCUACAAGUUGAGUUUCUUCAAUGGCAUGAUACUGCUUAUGCUCAUAAGCAUUGACCGCUACUUUGCAAUUGUACAGGCAGCAACAGCACACCGUCACCGUGCCAGAACCAAUUUCCUAGGAAAGAUAUCUUGCAUUUUAGGCUGGGUUAUAUCAUUCGUGCUUUCUACACCAGAACUGGCACGCAGUGGUGAAAAAUUAAUUGAUGGUAAAAAUCGAUGUACUUACAUCACAGAAAACUUCUUAGAAUUUACUGGACGUGUACAAAUACCACAAAUGAUUGUGGGUUUUGUAGUCCCCCUGUUUGUAAUGUUAUAUUGUUAUACUGUCAUCAUCAAAACAUUGCUUCAGUCACGGAAUUUUGAAAGAAAUAAAGCCAUCAAAGUUAUUAUUGCAGUGGUCCUUGUUUUCAUAUGUUUUCAGGUGCCAUACAACAGCAUUGUGCUACUAAAAACCAUUGAAUCUUUUAAUGCAACCAACACAAACUGCAAAUUCAGUAGAGAAGUGGAUAUUGCAGAAGAUGUCACCUACAGUCUGGCCUGUGUCCGAUGUUGCUUGAACCCAUUUUUGUAUGCCUUCAUUGGUGUCAAGUUCCGCAAUGAUUUAUUGAAGCUACUUAAAGAACUGGGAUGCAUGACACAAGAGCAGAUGUUCAGAUUAUCAACCUUGAGAAAAAAACAAAGAUCAUCUUUUGCAACAGAAACAGAUACCACCACUACAUUUUCACCUUGAAACAUAUAAAGCUAUUUAAAUUAAGACUUGUUUUGAAUAUAAUUUCUGUGGUAGAAAUUUUUCAAAGCUCAUGCAUCAGUGCUGAAAUUCUGUUUCUUCCAAGUGGAAAAAUGCAGACUGAAUGAUGACCUUAUGAAACUUUUAGCAGCUGCUAACCUUGAAUCUCAUGUGUCUCCUCUGUGAUCAUUCAACAUCAUUUGAUUUGUGCAAUGUGAUUAAAGGUUUGAUAAUAUUAUAGAAGAUUUUAAAACAAAAUUUGGGAAAUAUUUUUGAUGCUACAUAAACAUAUUUUAAAUACAGAUGCAUACACCUCAUCAAGGUACCACAUCACCACCUCCAAAUUUCCUCUUAACACUCCACCCCUUCUAGUGCCAAUCCUACCUCUCACUCAUUGCCCAACUCCACUCUGGUGUUAUGCUACAUACAUUUCAGUUUUUCAAUACAUCUUAUGCAAAUCAAAUAUAAAAUUCAGUUGCUGAACUAUACAUUAUAUUAGAAUUAUGCAUAUAAUUCCAACUGCAGAUGAAUCAGUAUUGUUGAUGGUUUCUGCCCAUUGAGUGACCCUGCAUAAACUGCAUUCCUUUACAUAAAAAAUAAAGGAUCUCAGUUAUGGGUUACACAGUGGUGCAGUCGUUAGUAUUACUACCCUGAAGUCCUUGGCUCACUGUUAUGGUUCACAGCAGAGGUGCCUUCUGUGUGGAGUUUGCAGUACCUCCCUAUGUCUGUGUGGGUUUUCACUGGAUGCUGUAGUUACCGUUCAUCUCUCAAGUACAUGUCAAUAACAGAAUCCAUUAAGAAAAUAGAUAAUUGUCUAAAAUGCCUGUAGAUAUGUGUGCAGUAUACGAGUGAAUGUGUAUAUGGUCCUUCAACC